UAAUGUUAUGGAGCUGAUAUGUCCUUUCUGUAGAGUUGAUUGUUCUGUUAUGUGUGACAAGCUGCGAUGACGGACAGACGCACUCGGACCAGGGAGAGGUGGCGGGAAUGGCAGCAGGUGAUGCAGAAGAGGAAGGAUUAGAGUGGCGGAUGUCUGAAGGAACUUAAGAAGAAUCUCUCGAGGUACCAGAUGAAAUAAGGAUGGGUACGUUCGUGACCCUGGCAGAAGUGUUGGAGGCCCGGGGUUCACCGCUGGACGAGGACGAGGUCUGGUGUCUGCUGCUCGCCACCACUGAGGCCCUGCUGGACAUCUCCAAAAAAGGGUCAGGCAACAUGUGCAGUGUGCUAAGCCCAGGCUCGGUGCUACUGUCAGCCAAUGGGAGUCUGGCCUUCAAGAGCUGUGCACCGUACGAAGAUGUGGCCUCCUUCACGGCUCCCGAGGCCCAGCAGUCUCACGCUGCCUCCACCAGGACUCCGGCAGAAAAGAUGGUUGUGUACUCUCUUGGGAUGACUCUUUAUUGGUGCGUUGAUUAUCAUCUACCUCAUAACAGGCCGGUCCAGCUGAGUGCGAGGCUGGAGGGUUUGCUGCUUAGUAUGUGUGAGGACAUGGUGGUGCGGAGGAGUGACCUCCUGACGGUGCUGGAGGCCUGUGAGCUGCACCACAAGGCUGCCAUGCUGCCUCCCGCCGAACGCCUCAUCCGACAGCUUGUCGAAGAUGUCUACACGGACUCGGUUGAUCAUGUGUCCAUGGCGGCAAAUGGAUCCCAGCUAACGGACCGCAGUCAAAUGGUCAGGGACAGAUUGCACAGGGGCUCUUUUAAUAACUCAUCAUGGGCGCUGAAGAAGAAUGUUUCUAGAACCUUCUCAGGAGCAUCUUAUCCAUCUGAGUCCAUAGGCCAUCGUUUCAUGAGUGACAGGUCACACUCUCGUCAGACUGAGAAUGGAAAACUGGUUUUCCCCAGGAUCCCCUCGGGAGGUCGACACAGAGAGAGCUACGGCAGCUGGCAGCAGCUGAACCGCGGCCCCUGCAGUCCGUACAUGGACGGUAAUCGACACGCCAACUUAAGACCCCUCACACCGUUUGAGUCGACAAUGAGUCUGAAUGACAAGAAAGCCAAGGACUUGGGCCCUGAGUUUAUUAGAAUAAUAGAUGAGCCGCUUGUUGUCUUGGAGCUGCCUGGAUCCAUUGUGUCAAAGAAAGGGAAAUCUCCAACCACCCAGAGAGAGCUGAGUGUGGUGAUGCCAAAUGGUCGGAGCAUCCUGGUCAAGUGUGAGGUGAAAUCCCGAGGGGGAGACGUCUUUGACAUGAUUGUGGCUCACUCCAACCUGAUGGAACAUUUCUACUUUGGCCUUGCUUACAUUGAUGAUAAUGAAUUUUUCUUUGUGGAAAAUGACACGAAGAUUUCAAAAGUUGCUCCAGAUAGCUGGAAGAAAGUGCCUACAACCACCCUUGUUCUUUACUUCAGGGUCAAAUUCUUUGUCAGUGACAUAUCUCUCCUUUUGCACAAACAGACCCGUCACCAGUUUUACCUCCAGCUCAGGAAAGACCUUUUGGACGACAGGCUGUCCUGCCAUGAGGAGACUGCUCUGUACCUGGGGGCUCUGGCCCUGCAGACGGAGUAUGGAGACUGCAUGCCUGAGGUGUAUGGUAGGAACUACUACCGCCCUGACCAGUAUGUCCCCAAGAGUGUGAUGGAGAAACGUGCCUUGCCUUACAUUAAGGAGGAGCUGCUGCGACUUCACACCAACAACGCUCAGAUGCUGGCCGACGAAUCAGAGCUCGAGUUCCUCAAAGUGUGUCAGCAGUUGCCUGAAUACGGUGUGUUGUUCCACCGCGUGACGCGUGAAAGAAAGCCUUUAGAAGGAGAGAUUAUCCUUGGGGUUUGUGCCAAAGGUGUCAUCGUCUAUGAAGUCAAAGAUGGCUGCAGAUCCACCAGUCAGACUUUCUACUGGAGGGAGACCGCAACCAUUUCCUCGAAUAGGCGUAAAUUUGUAGUAGAGAGCCGUGGCAGCAAGAAGAAGUACACCUUCAUCACCGAAAGGUCGAAGAUAGCCACGUAUCUGUGUAACCUGUGCUCCGCCCAGCACAAGUUCAACAAUGAGAUGAACUCUCGCCAGCUCAGCCACAGCCUGAUCUCAGAGGCGGUGUGUCGUGCUCAGAGCAGUCGGCUCAAGUCCUACUCAUGCUCAGAGACACCACAGGAUGAGAGUGGUCUGACCACGCCUCAGGACGAGUCCCUCACCAAGCUGUGUGAUGACGUCACAGCCAGGAUCGAGUCCCGCAUCAAACAGCAGCGCCAGAGCCUCAAUGAGCAGAGUACCUGCUCCAGCAGUCAGCCCAGCAGCAUUGGAAUGCGUUCACCAGCAUUAUCUCAGAGGAGUGGAUCUGAGGCCCCCUCUGGUUCCCCAGCAACUAGAGGAAACCUGAAUAAACGGGGAACGUCAUCUGAGAGAGAAGUUUUAUGUGUUUCCUUGAAGAAAGACCCAAAGCUUGGCCUUGGUAUAGUGAUAGUGGGGGAGGACACUGUGGGGUGUUAUGAUUUGGGCAUCUUUGUUGCCUCUAUUGUUCCUGGUGGACCAGCAGAUAAGGAUGGACGCGUCAGACCAGGUGGUCGUCUCAUCUCUCUGAACCACAUCAGUCUGGAAGGCGUCACCUUCAGCGAGGCAGCAGAGGUCAUGCAGAGCAGCCCCGAGGAGGUGCAGCUCAUUAUCUCACAGUCAAAAGUCUCUCUCAGUCCUAACAGUGUGCGCCCUCCUGUGUUGAGAAAUUACGAGUCCCAGACCACACUGCUGACGGAUGGUCGAUCGGAAGACAACAGCCUGGAUGAGGUCGUGUCAGUCAUGACGACGCCAAAGACCGGGAAUAGGCUGCACGUCCCUUGUGAAGUACGAGUCCUCGGUGCCCAGGACGGCUGCUCUCCGUCUCCCUCUCUAAACUGCGAGAGGCCGGAGGAGAUCACCGUGGAGCUCAGGAAGAUAGCAGGAAGUCUCGGCAUUAGCAUCUCUGGUGGCUUCGACACAUCCCAUCCUAAUGGAGGAAUCUACAUCAAGAGCCUUGUCGCCGGAGGGGCUGCUGAGAGAGACGGACGUGUACAUACAGGGGACAGACUGUUGGAGGUGGAUGGAAUUCGUUUCCAGGACUUCACCUACCAGCAGGCUGUGGAGUGUCUGAGUAGAACUGGAGAGGUGGUAACCAUGGUUGUGGAGAAGGAUCUGAUGAACCUGCCAGGGGUUUCCCUCAGCAGCAGCAGCGUGACCAGCCCCAGCCUCAGUCCAGCCACCGGCCGGCCGAGACUCGAGAGCUGCUCGUCCAUGGGCGCCCCCCCAAGCACGAUCGGUGACUGGCCCAGGGACUACAGCUUCAUCACUGACAACAACACACAGGAGGUGACGCUGACCAAGAGUGCCAAAGGCCUGGGCUUCAGCUUCCUCAUGUGCGAGCUGGAUCCGCCCACUGGCGACUUUGGCAGCCUGGUGCGGAUAAAGCAUCUUUUCCCGGGCCAGCCGGCCGAGGAGAGUGGCAGGAUCCAGGAGGGAGACGUCCUGCUGGCCAUCAACGGACAGUGGCUCAGGGAGCUGUCCUAUCCAAAAGUGUUGCGGCUGUUCAAGACCUCACCACCUGAGGUGCGACUGACUCUCUAUCGACCUGCCCCCGGGACCCUUCCUUCCAUCGAUCAGUUCACUGGCACAUGAGUGACGCCACAGCGAGGUCACUGGCGGCAACGUGGGCCGGCGAGGCCGCUCUCGAUGAGAUCGGCUGAGCGCUCCGCCGUCCGCCGAUCUCAUCGAUCGACACCGACACUGCGGAAAGGUCAGCGCUGUUCACCUGAUGUGACCUGAUGUGACCUGAUGUGACGUGAGGUACACUGAAGAACCUGACAUGGAUCAGUAAAGCACGGCGGUCAAAUGUGUGGCCACAGUGGCUCGUGAAACUUUAUGGAUUUGUGAAGAGGACAACUGGAUAAAAACAAG